GCUAAACUAAGUAGGCAAUAUUUAGAGCUAUAAAAAGUCGAAGAAUAUGGCACAAAAGUCUAGUAUUCUCUUGUGGCGACCUGGAAAUUAAAAGAGAAAAACAAGUACCAGCUUUGAUCACUAUUGAAAGGUUUGAAGGGAAAUUUCAUAUAAUAUUAUCAGUUCUCACUCCAGUAUCAACCUUCAUCCUAUUCAAUGGAUAUUUCAUCCAUAAAGGGAUUAUCUGAACUGGGAAUGGAAGAUUCCAGUUACAUAAACCAGUGGCAAAUGAACUCUCUUGAUGAGCUCAGCAUGUUGCCAUUAGCAACUACACUCGGAGAGAAUCUGCAUCAUCAUUAUCAUCACCACCCAAGUUUCAACAUCAAGGCUUCUUUGGAGAAUUCUCACAUUGGCAUGAAACACCACAAAGUCAACGGCUGGAAUUCUAGUGAGAGCAUUAAUAAUCUCUCAAACCCACAAGUACUUGCUUCUUCUCCGAACCUUUUUUCCUUUGUGAGCUCUAAUUAUAACACAAACCAAAUGGGCCUUGUGAAGCCCAAAGAGGAAGCAAUUCGUUUGAAGAACAUCAACACUGUUACUGUGCCUUCUGAUGUGUUGGUUUCUCAAGGCUGCUUCCCCAACCAAAACUAUGUCCUUAAGGCCAAUCAGGGAGCUAAAAGGAUCAGCACAAGUACAAAACUUUCUCAAGCGAAAGAUCACAUUCUUGCUGAAAGGAAGAGGAGAGAGAAACUCAGCCAGAGGUUCAUAGCUUUAUCUGCUAUAGUUCCAGGCCUAAAGAAGAUGGACAAGGCUUCCGUGCUGGGAGAUGCUAUAAAGUACAUGAAACAGCUUGAAGAGAAAGUGAAGACACUUGAGGAACAGAUGAGGAAGAAGAACAUGGAAUCAGUAGUCUUUGUGAAGAAGUCCCGGAUCUUUGCGGUUGAAGAUAACUCUUCCUCGGAUGAGAACGUCUCCGGCGGUUCAUUCAGCAAGCCGCUACCCGAAAUAGAAGCAAGAGUUUGUGACAAAAAUGUCCUCAUCAGAAUUCACUGUGAGAAAAGGAAAGGGAUUCUGGAGAAAACAAUUGCCGAGGUAGAGAAAUUCCACCUAACAGUUAUCAACACCAGUUGCAUGACCUUUGGAAGUUUUUCUCUUGAUGUGACCAUCAUUGCCCAGAUGAACGUGGAGUUCUCUCUUACAGUUAAGGAUCUUGUCAAGAAUCUACGUUUGGCCUUCACCUUGUUCAUGAUGUGAUGAAAAAAGUCCCCAACUACAUUACAUAAAUAAAAAAAAAAAAAAACCAUCUUCAAAGUAACCAAGAAUUAUAAUUCUCUAUAGUACUAUACAAUUGGGUCCAAGUCUAUUUCAGAAUUAUGUGUUUUCAAGGCCUCUUUAGUUCUCCACCGAGUUAUUGCUGUGAAGUUCAAUUUUUUUUUUUUUUGCAGGAGGGAUUUUGAUUGAUCUUCAGUCUUUUUUUUGCAUGGUUUAAGUAGUUGACCAUGUUUUCCCACACCUGCUUUAAAAAUGAAUUAUCUCACAGCUUUUCUGAGUUUUUUUGAGGGCAUGUUGUAAAGUACAACUGAACCUUUAUAGUGUAAAACAAAGUGGUUUUUUUUUUUUGGGUGGGUAUAGAACUAGGCCUUUUGUU